AUGGCGGUGGUGAUGGUGGCGGUGUUGGUGGUGCUGGAGACGAUGGUGGCAAUGAUGAUAAAAGUGAUGACAUUGAUGGAGAUAACAAUGCGAAAGCAAUAUGAUAGAGGUGGUUGUGGCGAUCGAUCUAGCAGUGGUAGUGGUGAUGGUGGUGGUAAUGGUAGUGUUAGAGACGAUGGUGGUAAUGAUGAUAAAAAUGAUGAUGUUGAUGAAGACAACAACGGUAAUGGUGGUGAUGGCAUCAGGGGUGGAGAUACACGACAGAAGUUAUGUUGGCGAAGGCAUUACAAUAAAUGUAAUUGUGGCAAUCGUCCAAGCAGUGACAGUAGUGAUGGUGGUGCUAGAGACGACGGUGGCAAUGAUGAUAAAAAUGAUGGUGUUGAUGGUGAUAACAACACUAUUGGCAAUAAUGGUAUCAGCAGCGGAGAUGUUGGUGGUGGUAGUGACGGUGGUUGUGAUGAUCAAUCUAAUAACAAUAGUAAUGGUGGUGGUGCAGUAGACGAUGGUGGCAAAGAUGAUAAAAAUGAUAAUGUUGAUGGUGAUAACAAUGGUAAUGGUGAUGAUGGCAUACCAGUGAGGAUGUUGGUGGUGGAAGCAUCGGUCAAAGGUAUUAGUUUGCGAUUAAAUUAG